AUGUCGCGCCCGCUGCCCGAGAUGGACGGCUGGUUUUUCGUGGCGAAGUACAUUCGGCCUGAGUGGUUCCAAUGGACAUUAACAGUUUUGAUAUUUUUAAUUUUCGUCAUUUUGUCGCAGCUGAGCUGCUUUCGCCCAGCAGAUGUGAACAAAUUCGAUAAGACAAUGAGGGCCCCCGGCAGCAGCGGGGGGGCCCCCGGGGGGCCCCCCGGGGGCAAGAAGGGGCCCCCCAAGGUGGCUGCAAAGGGGGACAAGCAGCCGCCGCCUCCGAAGAAAGCUGCUGCGAAGAAGUGA